AUGGAUUAUUUUGAUUGUUGCCAAGUUGUUGAGUUGAACGUGGGUGGAGUUGUCUAUACAACAACAAGGACAACACUGACCUCCGAGCCUGGCUCCCUACUUACUGAAAUUUUCUCCGAAAGAAAAUUGUCUUCCGCUGUUUCAAAUGCCAAACAAUCGUGCUUCAUCGACAGGGAUGGAGUCUUGUUCAGGUUUGUGCUGGACUAUUUACGGAACGGAAGAAAACUGGUGCUACCUGACUGCUUCUUGGAAAGGAAACGAUUGAUUCAAGAGGCUGACUACUAUCGACUGCCAGGCUUGCUGGAGCAAAUUAAGAUGCCGCUGCAAGGCGCUGCUGCAGUUGAUUCCACCAACGUCAAUCAUCCAGGGUUCAUCGUGGUGGGAUACCGAGGAACGUUCGCUUUUGGACGCGAUGGCUGCCAGGCCGACGUGAAGUUCCGAAAAAUGUGGCGGAUUCUUGUGAGUGGCAAAGUGUCUUUAUGUCGCGAGGUCUUCAAAGAUACGUUGAACGAAAGCAGGGAUGUCGACAGGGGAACCACUGACCGUUACACCACCAGAUUUUUUUUGAAGCAUCAGUUCUUGGAGCAAGCGUUUGACAUGCUGCAAGAAUGCGGCUUCAAACUGUUGGCAGCUUGUGGCUCGGGAACAAAUAGCGCUGGUGGCGACUUGAAGCCAGGAAUGGAUCUCGAAGAAUCAAAGUGGAACCAUUACAAUGAGUUUGUGUUUGCAAGGGAAUGA